GCAGUCUCCUUCUCGUCUAGGUUUCACUACAGAGAUGGCUGCUAAAGUGUGCAGAUCAGUACUCCUGUUGUCCCGGAGCAGCGGAGCGGUGGCCGGCAGCCUCCCCGCACUUGUUGUCUCUUCACAGCGACAUCAUCAGCACAUAAGACCGCAGGAUGUACUGUCUGCUCCUUUCACCCGUCAGACUGUCAGGAGAGCACAUGGGCUACGGUCAGCAGCCCACUCCACACUCUUCACCCAGCCUCCCAGUGCCCUGUCUCCACAGGUUUGGAGGGGCGGCCCCUCAUGGCAUGGCCAGAGACUGUUGUGUUCAACCGCUGCUCCAGAAGAGGUGACAGUGGUGUAUCAGAACGGGCUGCCGGUGAUCUCAGUCAGUUUGCCGUCCAGGCGAGAGCGCUGUCAGUUCACCCUCAAGCCUCUCAGCGACUGUGUGGGAGUUUUCCUGCAACAGCUCCAGGCAGAGGACAGAGGCAUCGACCGGGUAGCCAUCUACUCCAUGGAUGGAGCGAGGGUUGCCUCCUCCACAGGCAUAGACAUCCUGCUGCUGGAUGACUUCAAGCUCGUCAUUAAUGACACCACACACCUAGUGCGGCCACCAAGGAGAGAGCUGCUGCCCCACGAGGAGGCAGAAAGGCUGAAUGACGUCAAGUUUCUGGUGCAGCAGCUCUAUACCACCCUGCGCAUUGAGGAGCACCAACUUAGCAAAGAGCGUGAGCUGAUUGGACGACUGGAGGACCUCAACUCUCAACUCCGCCCCUUAGAGAAGGUGAGGGAGGAACUGAGUAAGAAGGCAGAGCGGCGUACCACCUGGGUGCUGUGGGGCGGCAUGGCGUACAUGGCCACCCAGUUCGGCAUCCUGGCCCGGCUCACCUGGUGGGAGUACUCCUGGGAUAUCAUGGAGCCCGUCACCUACUUUAUUACUUAUGGCACAGCCAUGGCCAUGUACGCCUACUUCGUGCUUACGCGCCAGGAGUAUGUUUACCCCGACGCUAGAGACAGACAGUAUCUGCUGUUCUUCCACAAGGGGGUGAAAAGGACACGCUUCGACAUUGAGAAGUACAACAAGCUGAAGGAUGAUAUCGCUGAGGUGGAGUUGGAUCUGAAGCGUCUUCGGGACCCGCUCCAGCUCCAGCUCCCAGUUCAGCAGCUCACCGCCAGUAAAAAUUGAUGGAAGGAGUGACUCCCUCCUCUCUCAGCUCCUACAAGCCCCUUUCCCUCUUCCCUCCUGUCAUCCAACACCCUUCUCCGACCCCUUUUACCCCCAGCUAUUUCUCAGACCACCCCCUCCCCUCCCACACCCAAUAAUCCCAUCCCUUUCUUGACUGUGGGAGUUAGUUUUUUGGUUUUGUUUUGUUUUGUUUGAUUUUUUUUCUGUUUUUUCUUUUUACUUUCCUGACUGAAAACUCCAGUUGGAAUUGCAAGUUAAAACCGCUUAAAGACGAAGAAGGAUGGUGAGAAUACCCAGGAACUGAAAAACUACAGCUGAAGGUUGGUGAGGAUGAUGAAAAGGACGAUGAUGAUGAUGAUGAUGAUGAUGAUGAUGAUGAUGAUGAUGAUGAUGAUGAUGGAAUACAACUGGGCACUAUGGAUAUGCCUCAAAUCUUCAGAGGGACAGCCUGCAGGGAACUCCAGGGGGAAAAUAGGAAUAAUCACACCUCUAGACGCUCCAGGACAGAGGACACGCAGAGGGACAUUGUUGAGUCUGUGUGUGUGUGUGCGUGCGUGCGUGCGUGCGUGCGUGCGUGUGUGCGUGUGUGU